GUGUGUAUUUCAUUCUGCUAUUCUGCUGAUUGUUGUAUCAACAAUCAACAAUGUUGUAUCAAAAAGAAAAGAUAAGUUUUACUCUCUGAUUUCCAAAGGAAAGAAGUUACACAUCAGAGGAGGAGUCAAAUUCUAUCCUGGCAAAGAACGAGUUUGAGAAGCUGCAGUUUCCAACUUAGGCAAUAUCAACACACCCGUCCACUGAGAGCAAAGAAAGAAAUCUGCUUUCGUUUUCACUGUAUUUCCUGCCCAAGGAGUCAGAGCAGCAAUGGCUGACAAGAGACCUAAAGAAGAUCCUAUCAACAAAGUGAAGUCCAUGGCCAGGAACCUGGUUGACAGCAUUUUUGAUGAUUUGAUGGAAAAGAAUGUGUUAAAUGGGGAGGAGUUAAAAAGAUUAGGGGACGGAGUGAACCUCAUCGUGAAUGGUACUGAAAACCUGGUUGAGAAUCUCGCUGAGAAAAGUCAAAUGGCAAGCAAAAUAUUAAUGAAACGUCUCUUCAGACAACAGCUGAGUUUAGACUCUCAUUCUGAAAGUGAGAAUGAUGAAUCUGACAACAGUGAGUCAUCUUCAACAGAAUCUGAAGAUGAAAGUGAAGAAAACAUAGAUGAGGAAAAUGCUGCAUCAGCUAUGGCGCUGGCUCUCUCUCCAUCAGGUAACUGCCAUCAAACCCAUGAAGAUGACUCUGAGGACAAUGCAGGAUUGUUCCAGGCAUUGGUCCUACCUCUGACAGCUCCUCAGGAAAUCCAGGAUUCCCAACCCAAUCAUAAUUUGAAGCUUUGUUCUUAUGAUUAUUUCCAUAGAAUGAAGACAACAAAGAAAGACGAGAUAUAUCCAGUGAUGGAGCAGAAUGGCAGAACACGCCUGGCCCUCAUCAUCUGCAACAAAGAAUUUAUACACCUUUCUAACCGAAAUGCUUCUGAAGUUGACCUUUCAGGGAUGCAAGACCUGCUUGAAAAGCUGGGCUACUCAGUGGUUGUAAAAGUGGAUCUCACAGCUGUGGAAAUGGAAGCAGUACUAUGGGAGUUUGCUGCCCGCCCAGAGCACCGAUCCUCAGACAGCACAAUCCUGGUGUUUAUGUCACAUGGCACCCUGGAAGGAAUCUGUGGGACAAAGCACCAAAAGACAGAGCCAGAUAUUCUUCACGAUGAUACCAUCUUCCAAAUUUUCAACAACCGUAACUGCCAGAGUCUGAGAGACAAACCCAAAGUCAUCAUCAUGCAGGCCUGCAGAGGCAAAGGUACUGGGACUGCUUGGGUGGCCGACACAGGAGGAACCUCUAUAUGUAGAUAUGACCGUACCCUUCAGUCUUACAUCUGGAGUGAUGCUGUUACAAAGACCCAUGUGGAGAAGGACUUCAUCGCUUUCAAAUCUUCAACUCCACAUAAUAUUUCUUGGAGAACGGACAGAUAUGGUUCUCUCUUCAUUCACCAACUUAUCAGCCACUUCAAAGAAUAUUCUUGGUGUUAUCAUUUGGAGGAGAUUUUUCGAAAGGUUCAGCAUUCAUUUGAGAAUACAGAAGUACUGGCCCAGAUGCCCACGAUUGAAAGAGUAUCGAUGACACGUUAUUUCUACCUCUUCCCUGGGAUUUAAAAAUCAUAUGAAGUAUCUCAGGAAAAUGGAGGCAUUAUGGUCUCUAUGAAUCUAUUAUUUUACAAAGUCAAUUUUUGAUCAAGACUAUUUUUGUACCAAACUUCCUAACUGACCACCUUCCUCAAACACCAGGCUAAAAUCACUAUCAUACUGUUGUUGAGUUAAUGUUC